CCUCCCGUCCCUCCCGUCCCUCCCGCGGGUGCUGCCUCUGGCUUCUCUGCGAGAGGGAGUACAACUCUUCUGCUUCUCCACGGAGAGUGGCCGGUGACCACCCGACGAGAACUUGCCCAUUGAAAGCAAGCCCCGGAACAGCCGGAGAAUGUCCACCCCGAGCAGAUUCAAGAAGGACAAAGAGAUCAUAGCCGAGUAUGAAAGUCAAGUCAAAGAAAUCCGAGCCCAGCUGGUAGAGCAACAAAAAUGCCUGGAGCAGCAGACGGAGAUGCGAGUUCAGCUGCUCCAGGACCUACAAGAUUUCUUCCGGAAGAAAGCCGAAAUUGAGACAGAAUAUUCUCGGAACCUGGAGAAGCUGGCAGAAAGGUUCAUGGCCAAAACAAGAAGCACUAAGGACCACCAACAGUUCAAGAAAGACCAGAACCUGUUGUCUCCAGUGAACUGCUGGUAUUUGCUCCUGAACCAAGUGAGGAGAGAGAGCAAAGACCAUGCCACCUUGAGUGACAUCUACCUGAACAAUGUCAUUAUGCGGUUCAUGCAGAUAAGCGAGGAUUCCACCCGGAUGUUUAAAAAGAGCAAAGAGAUUGCGUUCCAGCUCCACGAGGACUUGAUGAAGGUUCUCAACGAGCUUUACACGGUGAUGAAGACCUACCACAUGUACCACUCGGAGAGCAUCAGUGCAGAGAGUAAGCUGAAGGAAGCUGAGAAACAGGAGGAGAAGCAGAUUGGGAGAUCCGGCGACCCGGUUUUCCACAUCCGGCUAGAGGAGAGGCAUCAGCGGCGGAGCUCUGUGAAGAAAAUUGAAAAAAUGAAGGAAAAGAGACAAGCAAAAUAUUCAGAAAAUAAGCUGAAAUCGAUCAAAGCUCGCAACGAGUAUCUCCUAACACUUGAAGCAACCAACGCCUCUGUGUUCAAGUAUUAUAUCCACGAUCUUUCAGACUUAAUCGAUUGCUGUGAUCUUGGCUACCAUGCAAGUCUGAACAGAGCCCUCAGAACGUACCUCUCGGCAGAGUACAACCUCGAAACCUCCAGACACGAAGGCUUAGACAUCAUUGAAAAUGCUGUGGACAGUUUAGAGCCAAGGAGUGACAAGCAGAGAUUCAUGGAGAUGUACCCUGCGGCGUUCUGCCCACCGAUGAAAUUCGAGUUCCAGUCUCACAUGGGUGAUGAGGUGUGUCAGGUCAGCGCCCAGCAGCCUGUCCAGGCGGAGCUCAUGCUCCGGAACCAACAGCUGCAGUCCCGACUGGCCACGCUCAAGAUCGAGAGUGAGGAGGUCAAGAAAACAACAGAAGCCACCCUCCAGACGAUCCAAGAUAUGGUCACAAUUGAGGACUACGACGUGUCUGAGUGCUUCCAACACAGCCGAUCCACAGAGUCUGUGAAGUCCACUGUGUCCGAAACCUACCUGAGUAAACCCAGCAUCGCCAAGAGACGAGCUAACCAGCAAGAAACUGAGCAGUUCUACUUCAUGAAACUUCGAGAGUUCUUGGAAGGCAGUAAUCUCAUCACAAAGCUUCAGGCUAAGCACGACUUGCUGCAGAGGACUCUUGGAGAAGGUCAUAGAGCUGAAUAUAUGACUACCAGGCCUCCAAACGUCCCCCCUAAGCCCCAGAAACACAGGAAGUCCAGACCCCGCUCCCAGUAUAAUGCUAAGUUGUUUAAUGGGGAUUUGGAGACAUUCGUCAAGGAAUCGGGCCAGGUUAUCCCUCUCAUUGUGGAAAGCUGCAUCCGAUUCAUUAACCUCUAUGGCCUUCAGCAUCAGGGGAUUUUCAGAGUGUCUGGUUCCCAGGUGGAAGUGAACGAUAUCAAGAAUUCUUUUGAGAGAGGUGAGAACCCUCUGGCCGAUGACCAGAGCAACCACGAUAUUAACUCCGUGGCGGGCGUUCUGAAGCUAUACUUCCGCGGGCUGGAAAACCCCCUCUUUCCUAAGGAAAGGUUUAAUGACCUGAUUUCGUGCAUCAGAAUAGAUAACCUCUAUGAGAGGGCGCUCCACAUCCGCAAACUCCUCCUGACCUUGCCCAGGUCGGUCCUUAUAGUGAUGAGAUACCUGUUUGCCUUCCUCAAUCACCUCUCCCAGUACAGUGAUGAGAAUAUGAUGGAUCCUUACAACCUGGCCAUCUGCUUCGGCCCAACACUGAUGCCGGUUCCGGAAAUACAGGACCAAGUGUCUUGCCAGGCACAUGUGAAUGAAAUUGUGAAGACCAUCAUUAUCCAUCACGAGACAAUUUUCCCAGAUGCUAAAGAACUGGAUGGCCCUGUGUAUGAGAAGUGUAUGGCUGGAGGCGACUACUGUGACAGCCCAUACAGUGAGCAUGGUACACUGGAGGAGGUGGACCAAGACGCCGGCACAGAGCCCCAUACCAGUGAAGACGAGUGUGAGCCCAUCGAAGCCAUAGCCAAGUUUGACUACGUCGGGCGGUCAGCCAGAGAGCUGUCCUUCAAGAAGGGUGCGUCCUUGCUGCUGUAUCACCGCGCCUCUGAGGACUGGUGGGAAGGCAGACACAACGGGAUCGAUGGGCUCGUGCCUCAUCAGUACAUAGUCGUGCAAGACAUGGACGAUACAUUUUCAGACACACUGAGCCAGAAAGCCGACAGUGAAGCCAGCAGUGGGCCAGUCACUGAAGACAAGUCCUCAUCGAAGGACAUGAACUCCCCAACUGACCGACAUUCUGAUAGCUAUUUAGCCAGACAAAGGAAGAGAGGUGAGCCACCCCCUCCGGGAAGACGUCCUGGCAGGACCAGUGAUGGCCACUGUCCCCUGCAUCCCCCACAUGCUCUUUCUAACUCCUCAAUAGAUCUGGGAUCCCCAAACCUAGCCAGUCACCCCAGGGGCCUGUUGCAGAACCGUGGCCUCAAUAAUGACAGUCCUGAGAGGCGGCGCCGGCCGGGCCAUGGCAGCCUGACCAACAUCAGUCGGCACGACUCCCUCAAGAAGAUGGACAGCCCUCCUAUCCGGAGGUCUACGUCAUCAGGGCAGUACACCAGCUUCAACGACCACAAGCCGCUGGACCCCGAAACCAUUGCUCAGGAUAUUGAAGAGACCAUGAACACUGCUUUGAACGAACUCCGCGAACUUGAGAGGCAGAGCACCGUGAAGCACACCCCGGAUGUCGUGCUAGACACCUUGGAACAAGUGAAAAACUCGCCCACGCCCGCGACUUCCACAGAAUCGCUCAGCCCGCUGCACAACGUCACCCUCAGGAGCUCAGAGCCUCAGAUUCGCCGGAGCACCAGCUCCUCCAGCGAUACAAUGAGUACUUUCAAGCCUAUGGUAGCGCCCAGGAUGGGCGUCCAGCUGAAGCCCCCAGCCCUUAGGCCAAAGCCCGCUGUUCUUCCAAAAACAAACCCUACCGUAGGACCUGCUGCAUCUUCCCAGGGUCCCACAGACAAGUCUUGCACGAUGUAAAAACAAAGGUCACAAAGGGAGUGGGAUGGUCUGAAGGUAAAAAUGAAUGAGUGGCAAGAUUCGGUGAUCCCCAACCGUCCUCGGUAUCACGAUUAUAACUGGAGGUCCUUUGGCUUUUCUAUGUUGUAUCGAAUGUAACGAUGUCUGGGACUAGCUAAAUUAACACGGGCAUUUGUAUUUUGUAAUUUUUUUUUAAAUAACUGGACACAUGUCAUUUUAAAGACACUAGAAACACUUAGACUUACUUGAAAAUCCAAUGCUGCACCCUUGUCAUGAAGGCAACACCUCACCCAGCACGGUAUACGGCUUCGGAUUCAGUGUUGCCUCGGUGAGUGUCCCGGAAGCAAGAGAACCCGAGUCCCAGGUCGAACUGGAGCGUCAUCGUCUGCCACGAUCUGUGACCCUUGUGGGAAGAGCACUCGUUGCCUAGCAACCGACAACAAGCACCUCCAACUCUGUCCAGGGUGGUGCCUCGCACCUGAUAAAAGUCACAGAGGGACCUUCCAGUGGGACCUUCAGUUCAUGGCUUGAAGGAGUUCAAAGAUGGACCCUUCCAUUAAAAUUCAUUUCCCUGGAUCCAGGUUAAAGACUCAGUGGAAGGGUGUAGAAGAUACUCAGGUGUUGCUUGAACUAAACCUGGGAAAGGCAGUAAGGGAAACGUCUCCAAGGCCCAGAGAAGUCCAAGCCCACCCCUUACACUUAUGUAGAACUAGAGCAGCCGACUUGUAAGGACUUCCUGGUUACACCACAAACUCCUGCAGAUUUGUUCGAUAACUGCCUGAGAAAUAUGUCCACCUUCCCCUGAACCCCAUGUUUUCUCCUUUAUGGCAAUGGAAACAACCAAACAGGAAAUGAAUCCUUGGUCCACUGAUGUUGUGACUAAAUUACCUUGGUUCCUUUAUGCUACAAAGGCCCAGUGGUCCCCAAUAGGAAGCCCCAGCCUUGCUAGCUACCCACAGCUCUCUCUGAGCCAAGCCAGAUCUGGCUACGGUACUGAGCGAGAGCCAUGCAAGGCCACCAUGGGAAGACAACUUUGUGGCGCCGGGGUGAUGCCUUCCCAGUUUUGUACCUCAGAAUCGUGACUUCUGUUCUCAUCCUGUUUGUGCUUGCAUCUUUUGGAUUUUGCUUUAUGGUCUCUACAGACCUUCCUGUAGUCCAGUGGGCUCAAUUGGAGACCUGUUUUCCUGGUAUUUUAGCACAUAGCCAUUUUUCUUUAUCAUAUAUGCUAUAUUUUUCCUCUAUCUUAAAAAAAAAUAUGGUGGAUUUGUGUUUAUUUGGUUCUGGGGGCUGACGGAGACCUCUUGCAUGCUAAGUAUACACUACCACUGAGCUGGAGAUCCCAGCCCUCACCCACAAGAUCAUUCUGGACACAGCCAUUUUUUCACUAAGGUACUAAUCACAAUUCUCGUAGCUGUAGCAGCCAGCAUCUGUAUUAACACUGAACUUCCUGAUGAGGCAAACAGAUGGCUCAAAGCAAACCCAUCCACCCACCAUUAAUUACCUUCUAGGUCUAAUUUCAAACUGGCCUCCGGUUGCACACCCACCUAAGAGUAGCACAGCACUGACAAUAACUCCUGCAGAAACCAACCAAGACCUACGCUAAAGUCAAGAUAGUGGCUACCUCAGUUUGCCAGUCUAGUCAUUCCAUUGCAGGAAAAAAAUAUUGAUGAACUGUUCCCUUUCCAAGUCACUCUCCUCAUUUCACAAAUGUGCUGAAGACAUACUUCCUACCCCUCCCCCCACCACCAGGUACUUCAGGUAUGGUAAGGUUUUAAACCUCGAAUUUUUCAGAACCAUUCUUCUCUGACCAUUUUUGAAAAAAGAAACCAUGGAGACCCAGCCAGGACUGCCCUUUGACGGACACUGACUGCUGGUCUCCUUGGAAGUAUAUUAUCUCCUAAAUGAACCCGCCAUUUAUUUAGAAAACAAUAAUGACUCUUAGUACUGCGUUUCUGGUUUCUUGAUGGAUGAUACCAACAGAAGGCAGAAGGAACUGGCUGCCUUUUGAGUUUGUUUGUAGAUGCCUUUCUUAAGCUUUAAUUUUAUUUUUUCAGAUCUUAACUUCCUUAAACAGCUCCCUAGGAAUCCCCUCCACCCCACCCACCUUCACCCCACCCCACCUCCCCACCCCACCCCGCUGCAUUUGAUGCCAUGCUCCACCUAUGCUCCACCUUUCUACCCCUAGGUCAGGACUCUGCUGCCUUGAAUAACAAAGGCCAUGCUUCUGUACACUGCCAAGGUCUCUUCCUCUAGGAAACGCUCCUAGUAGACUCUAUCUUUCCUUUAUCUUCUCUCCAGUACCUGUUGCCAUUCCCAGCCUUAACUUUUGUCUCUAAUGAAAGUCAAAAGGGUAGAUGGCCUCCAGGGAGGCGCUCACCAAUCCUUCCUUUCUUUAGAGGUGGCUCAACAGGCCUAUGCUUUCCUCUCUGACGUUGGCACCCUUUGAGCCACGCACGGACUAGUUUAAAGUAAGGCAUCCCCCUGCACAAAGGAUCCUUAAAACUGUCAGUAAAGCUCCCUAAAAGCUGUAGCAGUUGAGAAGGGUCACCUUGCAGGGCCUGGUUUAAACCACAGGUGUAGCACAGCAGGAAGGCACAAGGAAAGGAUGGACAUGAACCCCAAGGUACUCUCUGUUUUCCCCCAUUUCCAGAUCUCACAGUCCAUGUGCAGUUUAGGGAUGGGAGUAUUUCCUGAGCAAAUGACAGUCCGCAACAAUACCCAACUCCACACGUGUUAACGAUUCAGAGCUGAUAGAAUCACACAUUUUCGUCCCAUCCUAAAACCCCGAUGGAGAUUUGCGAAGCCUCGUGGUGUGAGUUGGGGGUUUGAGGUAUGGAUUGCUAGGAACUUACUGCACAUUCUCUGAGGAGUGUCUGUUGAGGGCACCGCACAAAGCUUGAGUUCUUGCCACUUGCCUUGUGUUCGCACAACGUAAUCUAACGUCGGUGCCCCAAGAGCCAGCCACAGAACAAUUCAUACUGAGGUCCCACACAUUCUACGACCACAGUCAUGAGUAAUUACCAAUGAGUAAAGAGCUCCCAAGGGUCAGACGGUCUCUCUUGAGUUUUCUGUCUCUGCAUUUGCCAUUCCCAAAGUGGCUCUAUUAUUUAAUUAAGAAGCUGGGUCGGCGGUAGUGGUCUUAGCAUUUCGGAUUGCUCCGCCUCUAUGUCUAUGUGCUGAAGGAACCAUGACCGAACAUCAGAAAUCUAACAGCAAGGAGGCCAUGAGUCCGUUGAGAGUCUAUUUGGGUUGAUAUUUUUCUCCUGGCCAGAGUAGGAAAGACCAUAAAUGCGGAAACUGCAUUUAGGGUGCCAUCUUUGGUAUCCACCACUGAGACUCUGAAACACAGAGAGCUUGGAAGUGAAAAUAGAACCCCUCUACUUGAGACUGACCCCUGAGCUGAGAGCCCCCCUCAAGCUCCAGCAGGCUGGAGCCUCGAAGGCUUGCAGCAGAUGACUUUGGCGCCGAUUAUAAAGCCAGAGACUGAGUUUUCACUCAUCCUAAUAUACUUUAUUAAAAAAAAAAAAAAAGUCUCAGUGGUAUAAUCAAAAUGGGUAACUGUAUCUUUAAAUUACAUAGGGAAUUUUGUAUGUUUAAAUAACCGUACCGGGUCCCAUAAUGCUUAUCUUAGAAACUAGUAAAAGAAAACUAUAUAAACCGUGCGUUCGUGAAUGCCCCCUCCGUAGAGCGUUCGCCUAGGUUUCCGUGUGUAGUGUGACGGUGAUUGCAGAUAUCUAAAGUAGUACGUGGUCGUGUCACAGGAGAGAUUGCUCUGUCCCUGCAUUCUUAAUGAUAACUCCCGCCCACGUAAUUAAGCCAGUGUUGUCCUUUCCUGUCGGUUUGGUCAGUUGCAGUACCGGUAGCUUUCUGCUUGUGACAGUUACCUGAGUGUGUCAAUGUACAUCUCUAGUAUGUACAUGUGAAAGUGCCUUCCUAGCUUAGCGUUUAGCCUUGCUCUUGGACUGCUUCCCACUACGUCCCGCCCACUUCCUUCAUUUCCUGACGCCCACCACAGUGUUCUGAAACUCCCUCCGCUUGUUCCCGGCCUCUCUCCAUCCCCGCCAUCCUCCUGUGCCUCCUGUGUCACAUGCAUCUAGCAUCCAUGUGGAUUAUCGCUGUCUUGUUGUCCCCUCCUAGACGUGACUGUGCCUUUCUCACCCUGCAGUGACUCCCUGCCAUCCGAUCCAACCUUCCCACCACGCCCCACCCACACUGCCCCUGCCAUCCUAUCCCCAUGCUCUAUAUGUACCGGCUCUCCAGUACAUCCUGUUCCUCUCUGAGGUGAGGAGAAAAGGGACGCUAUUACAUUACAGUCCUGGAAGAAAAGAUGUUUUGUUAAUUUGUCGUGACGAUGCACUUUUCUGUAUAGUACAGUACAUUUUUGGCAUGUACCGUUACAGGCUUCAAUAUACGGUCGGGUUUGUUCUUCAAGGGGUAGCUUUAUAAUAAACAUGAUAGUUCUGCCCGCCUUGGUCUGCUCGUGAUUUGCUGUGACCGUCCUGUCUGUUCCUUUUUUACUCUUGUUCCCCUGGAGAGUUGGGUGGCAUUAAAGAAUGUGAAAUUUUU